CGGCUUUUUUCGGGAAUUCAGCUUCGCGAACGAGGAAUACUGACGGCCUGCGCUUAGUUUUCUCAAAAAAGUUUAUACGGGUUUUGCUUGAAAGUCCUUAUUUUUUUUUAAGUGUGUGAGCGCAGCCUCGGCUCCAGUGAGUGAUGGCAGCACAUGUGGAGACCCAGCGUUCAAGUGCCACGGAGGGCAGUGCCUAUUCAGCAACAGUCAGUCAGGGCUAUGUUUUACCAGAAGGAAAAGUCAUGCCCAACACAGUCUUUGUUGGUGGGAUUGACAUAAGGAUGAAUGAAGCAGAAAUUCGGAGUGUCUUUGAACAGUAUGGUACUGUGAAGGAGGUGAAGGUCAUCACUGACAGAACUGGUGUUUCAAAGGGGUAUGGAUUUGUGUCUUUCCUGGACAAUGUGGAUGUUCAAAAGAUAGUUGAGUCACAAAUCAACUUCCACGGUAAAAAGCUGAAACUGGGGCCAGCAAUCAGAAAACAACAAAAUUUCAAUUCCUGUGUGCAGCCCAGACAAAUAGUUCUUGGUCCUCCUCCACCACAGUUCCAGAGCGUGUGGGGCAAUCAGAGUAUGGAGACGUAUGUGCAGCCUCCAGCUGUCAUGAACCCAGUAACAUCCUAUGUUCAGCCCUAUACCUACAGUUCAUCACCAGCUGUACUGCUAAAGCAGCAAGUUCCCAUAGGAUAUCAACCUGCUUACAACUAUCAGGCUCAACCACAGUGGCUUGCUGGGGAGCCAAGAAAUUAUGUAAUACCUCCAACUCCGGUGUAUACUUCAGUGAACUAUCAUGGCUCUGAGGAUCCAGGAUUUAUACAGAUGGAAUGUGCUGUUCCAGAGCCCACGCAGUUGCCUAACAGCCCACAAAAGAAGUCUGUGGACAGGGGCAUGCAAACAGUACUAUCCUGUCUGUCUAGUCCUGAGAACCAGCUGACGAAUGACUUUGUAUCACAAGACAGCAAUGCCAAGGAGGGUAAGACAUACCACUUCAGAAAAGGAAAGGCAGUACACAAAGCCAUUUGAUCAACAAAGACUUCAAAGUAUCUAAAUUAACUAGAUGGUACUGCAGUUCAAUUUAGCUGCACAGAAUGUAACAUUUCUGAAAGUUACUUCAGGUUAUGUUUGUACUCCUGUUCUACAUGUUUUGAUACUGUUGUUGUUGCUUGAGUAGUUUGAAGUUCUAAAUUGUAAGAGUUGACAAACUUCAGUGUUACUGUUUGUGUGCUUCCCCUGAUAACUGACUGGAAUGUUAGAGAGUUUAUAUGUUUCCUUUAUGUGGAUUUUUCUCUGAGCUUUAAGGUACAGUUUGCAUAUUACAUGUUGUUUUUCAUGGUUUUUCGUUAGCUACCACUUGACUCAUUGACCAGUUAACUCCUGCAGUUCAAAAAUGGAAGUAGUUAUUUGCCCAAGAGAACGUGUUUUAAGACUGAGCUUUUAAAUCAGUGCAAAGGAAGAUGAGAAGUUGUAACUGAGCUGAAGCCCUGUAAGUCCUGCUUGCCUUUAGACGACAUAAUCAAUGUGAUUAUGUUCAUUGUUGGCAGUCUGUGUACCUGCAGUCUUGAGCAUCACUAUUAUUUUUGGGUAAGUAAUGAAGAGAAUCCAAAAAUUCCUGUCUGUAACUUAAAAUACAAGAAUGUUAUCUGUAUUGGACGCUCAGUCAGCCAAUACAAGGUUUUUUACUUGAAAAAUCUUAACGAUACCUGUAUUUUAAACUUCUGAGAAAAUACCGCACUUAUAUAAACCUUUGUUAUGUGAUGCUAACUGUUAAUCAAAGAAUAUGUGUAUGACUGUUUUAAUAAUCAUGUAGAUUUUAGGUGUGUAUUGUGAAACAGUGAAAUAAAUUUUUACUUUGC